UCAACAACCUUUCAAUUCAACUGUGUAAAGUAAACUUUCAUUAUUCUAAAACUUUUUUGAUUUUUUGUGACUUUGUUUUCAUCUUCAAUUCAAUAAAUUAAUCAUGUCUGGACGUGGUAAAGGAGGAAAAGUCAAGUCAAAGGCCAAGUCACGAUCAUCCCGUGCAGGUCUUCAAUUCCCUGUUGGUAGAAUCCAUCGUCUCUUGAGAAAGGGAAACUAUGCUGAACGAGUUGGUGCUGGUGCUCCAGUCUACUUGGCUGCAGUCCUUGAAUACUUAGGCGCUGAAGUUUUGGAGUUGGCUGGUAACGCUGCCAGAGAUAACAAGAAAACUCGUAUCAUCCCCCGUCAUCUUCAACUCGCCAUCAGAAACGAUGAAGAAUUGAACAAACUUCUCUCCGGUGUAACUAUUGCUCAAGGUGGUGUCUUGCCAAACAUUCAAGCUGUCCUAUUACCAAAGAAGGGUUCCGCAGCUGCCCCAGCCAAGGGAAAAGCCUCUCAAGAAUACUAGAAAGUCAAGUGACAAUAUAGUUAUUCUGUGUAAAUUCAUUAUCAUUAUGACCCUUUCCUGAAUUAUAAACAAAAAACGGCCCUUUUCAGGGCCAAUACAUAUUUACGAAAAGAUAUUUUGUGCUAGUCCAACCAUCAUUCUUUUAAUAUUAAACCUUAAUCAUUUCAUUGUGAAUCAUCUUUGUAAUUAAAACUUUUUUGUAUUUAAACUGUUUUUGUUAUCUUA